AUGAAGCGCUCCAGGCUUGUGCCUCAACAUAUCUUUAGCAUUAUUAGCAAGCGAUAUCUCGCCAAACAUGCCUACCAAAAAACAUUAAACUUGCCCAAGACCAAAUUCCCUAAUAGAUCAAACUUAGAGAUUACAUUGAGGGAAUUAAUACCAAAAUCUUCGCAGUUAGUUUACAAGGAGCAGCUACGUGAUUUCUUCGAAGAAUUUUCAAAGCUUAAUACGACUGAUGAAAAAUUAGAGUUCAUUAAAGAAAAGUUGUUCAUCUUACAUGAUGGACCGCCCUAUGCCAACGGCGAGCUCCAUCUCGGUCAUGCUCUAAAUAAAAUUCUGAAAGAUAUCAUAAACAGAUAUCAACUUUCACAGGGGAAGUACAUUUUUUAUAAGCCUGGCUGGGAUUGUCAUGGACUACCCAUCGAGAUUAAAGCUUUGAAAGAUUUAAGCGCGCAACAGAUCGAGUCAAUAUCGCCUUUAAAAAUCAGGUCAAUGGCUUUAAAACAUGCACAAAAGGCAAUCAAGAGGCAAAGGGAAACUUUCCAACAUUUUGCCAUCUUAACGGACUGGGAAACACCAUACCUAACAAUGGAUAAAGACUAUGAAAUUAAUCAGCUAAAUAUUUUUAAAGAAAUGUACGAAAGAGGACUGAUUAAGAGACAGAACAAACCGGUUUACUGGGGUACAGAAACUAGAACAGCGUUAGCAGAGGGCGAAUUAGAAUAUAAUGAAAACCAUAAAUCCAUCGCUGCUUAUGUUAAAUUUCCUCUUGAAAAGAAAUCCCAGAUGGAUCUGUGCAAAAAACUAGGAAUAACGAAUAACUUGCCUAUAUACUGUUUGAUUUGGACCAGUACUCCAUGGACUCUUCUCUCUAAUCGAGCAAUCUGUUUCAAUCAGGAUUUUUCCUACUCCCUAUUACGCUUAAAUAGUGAACUUAUCCUUGUAGAGACCGGCUCCAUUGAUAAAUUGGGCCUAACAACUAACUCAUUUGAGACUAUCAAACAGUUUCAAGGAACUCAUCUAAAUGGGCUAUAUUAUCAAAACCUCUUAGUAGACGAUAAGGUUGGCAGGCCCUUAUUACAUGGUGCACACGUUACCAGCGGUACAGGGACUGGAUUGGUUCAUACAGCACCAGGGCAUGGACAGGAUGACUAUCUCAUUGGUAUUCAAAAUGGUCUUGAAAUUUAUUCUCCCGUGGAUCACCAGGGCCGCUACCAAUUAAAUGAACUUCCUCAGUCCGUCAGAUCCAUCGUGAGAGAUGAAGGAGACUUAACAAAAGGUAGGCAAGUAUUGGAUGCCGAAACCGCGAAAAUCAUUCUAUGUAAGUUAAGCGACCUUAAUUUACUUUACAAAUCUCACGAAUACACGCAUUCUUAUCCGUACGACUGGAGAUCCAAGAAACCUGUCAUAAUAAGAGCUACUCCACAGUGGUUUGCAGAUUUACACGAUGUAAAAAACUUGGCUCUGGAAAGCAUCAGCCGCGUCAAGUUUUGUCCUAAAAGAGGCUAUUCAAGACUUUCAUCCUUUAUGAAAAGCAGAAAUGAAUGGUGCAUAUCUAGGCAACGCUCAUGGGGUAUCCCUAUAUUAAGCUUUUACAAGAAGAGCGAACCGGAUUCUGUUUUGAUGAAUUCAGAAAUUUUGGCACAUGCCAUAGAAAAAAUCAAACAAAAAGGAAUUAAUGCAUGGUUUAACGAUAAAGAUAAUGACAUGAAAGAAUGGUUGCCAGAAAAAUAUCACGACGUAGCGCAUGAAUACUGUCGUUCUCAAGAUACUAUGGAUGUGUGGUUUGAUAGUGGGUCGUCAUGGAGUGUGAUCAAAGACUUUUAUGAAAAAAGCUUAAAGUUGUCAAAACUCCCAUCCCCCCUGUACCAAGUUUGUCUAGAAGGAUCUGAUCAACAUAGAGGAUGGUUUCAAAGUUCACUGCUAACAAAAGUAGCAUCAAGUAAUGUCCCUGUUGCACCAUAUGAAGAAGUGAUUACUCAUGGUUUUACCCUAGAUGAGAAUGGUCUGAAAAUGUCAAAAUCUGUGGGAAAUACAAUUUCUCCCGAAGCAAUAAUUCGAGGCGAUGAAAACUUAGGCUUACCAGCUUUGGGUGUUGAUGGCUUGAGGUAUCUGAUAGCACAAUCGAAUUUCACAACUGAUAUAGUUGCUGGCCCGACUGUGAUGAAACAUGUAGGAGAAGCUCUAAAAAAGGUUAGACUAACUUUUCGCUAUUUAUUGAGUAAUUUACAGAAGUCCCAAGAUUUCAACCUUUUGCCGAUUGAACAAUUACGCCGUGUUGAUCAAUAUACCUUGUAUAAGAUAAACGAACUGCUGGAAACGACGAGAGAACACUACCAAAAGUACAACUUUUCCAAGGUUCUCAUUACUCUACAAUAUCAUUUAAAUAACGAGCUAUCGGCGUUUUAUUUUGAUAUCUCAAAGGAUAUUUUAUAUUCCAACCAAAUAUCGUCAUUGGCAAGAAGGCAGGUCCAAACAACGCUUGUCCAUAUACUAAAUGCAUAUAGGGCAAUUCUUGCACCAAUAUUACCCGUUAUGGUCCAAGAAGUAUGGAAGUAUAUACCAGAAGGAUGGUUACAAGGACAAGAACAUAUAGACAUUAAUCCGAUGCGUGGAAAAUGGCCGUUUUUGGACUCAAAUACGGAAAUCGUCACCUCCUUUGAAAACUUUGAACUAAAAAUUCUAAAACAGUUCCAGGAGGAAUUCAAGAGGUUAAGUCUAGAAGAAGGUGUCACCAAAACAACACAUAGUCACGUUACCAUUUUCACCAAGCAUCACCUCCCAUUCAGUUCUGACGAGCUUUGCGACAUAUUGCAAUCAUCUGCUGUUGAUAUAUUGCAAAUGGACGAUAAUAAUAACAGUCUACCAACUAUUGAAUUGGGAAGCGGAAUAAACGUUCAAAUAUUGGUUGAACGAAGCAAAAGGCACAACUGUCCCAGAUGUUGGAAGGCCAACUCAGCCGAAGAGGAUAAAUUGUGUGACAGAUGUAAAGAAGCUGUGGAUCAUCUCAUGUCUUGA